AUGAAGACACCCGUGCACUGGGGUAUAUUGGAGUUCUAUACUACGUAUGACGACCGAGUCAAAUUCUCUCCUGUAUUUCAGACUCUUGUCCCAAUGCUUACUAUGUUCACCCCAGUUGCACUUCUAGUCAUCCUCCCCAUGUUUUCUAUAAAUGUGGGAACAUUUGCUAAUGCACCAAGUCUAAACGCUGGAAUCUACCCUGCUCUCGAUGCCACAAUUGCUAUUUUCAUGAUAAGAGAUUUUCGGGAAGCAGUGACAUGUCGUCGUGGGCAGAAGGUCGCAUUCAGCACCACAUCGGGAGUUGCGUAUUCGGUUUCUACGGAUAAUGGAGUUUUUUUUUUUUGA